UUUCAUUUGUAAGGAAAUAUUUGGUUUAUAAAAGUAUGUAAUCGCAUUCGUUUGUAAAGUAUUACAUCAAAUAUGUUUUGCUGGGAAAUAUGAAGUGUUGAGAUUAAAUAAAAGAGUAUCACAAAAAUAUAAAAAGAAAGUGAAUCAUUCAUUCCAUUAUAAUGAAUAAUAUCAAUGAAGUAACAUCUUUAAAAUAUUUACCCACACCGGAUAAAUCGAAAAAUGAUAAAAAAUCUUACAAAUAUUUGGUUUUAGCAAAUGGCUUACAAGUAUUGCUGGUCUCGGAUAAUAAAACCGAAUGUUUAUUAAAUAAAGAAGACGAUGAUAUUUCUGCAAAGAAUUUGCCUCAAAAUGAUCAGGCCGACGAAAAACUCUCCGCCGUUGCUCUUAUGGUCGAUGUGGGAGCAUUUUCUCAACCUCGCGGUUAUCAAGGAUUGGCUCACUUCUUGGAGCAUAUGAUUUUUAUGGGUUCAAAAAAAUAUCCCAAAGAAAACUCCUUUGAUACACACAUAACGAAAUACGGUGGUUCCAAUAAUGCCUGUACGGAUGGUGAAGAAACUUUGUAUUAUUUUGAAGUGGCUGAAAAACAUUUAGACAGCAGCAUGGAUUAUUUUGCGGCACAAUUAAAAGAACCUUUGCUAAUAGAAGAUUCCAUGACUAGAGAGCGACAGGCUGUGGAAUCUGAGUUCCAAUUGGCGUUAAAUAAUAAUACAAUCAGAUGUAAUCAAUUAUUACAAAGUUUGGCCAAUGAAAAUUAUCCACAUAAUAGUUUUAUUUUGGGCAAUUUGAAAACCCUUAAAGAAGAUAUUGAAAGUGAUGCAGAGUUACAUAGAAAUCUGCAUGAAUUUUAUAAAAGACAUUAUAGCAGUCAUCGUAUGUAUGCCUGCAUACAGUCCCGUUUACCUCUUGAGAAAUUGGAAGAAUUGGCCAUUAAACAUUUUGCUGAUAUAAACAACAAUGAAUUGCCUGGUUUGGAUUUUGAGCAAUUUCCUUAUAAAGACGCCUUUAGGGCUGAAUUCUUUAAAGAAGUUUUCUUUGUUAAGCCCGUGGAAAAUAUUUGCCAAUUGAAUUUGACUUGGGUCUUACCACCCACUUUAAAAAUGUAUAAAUGCAAGCCGGAUGAAUUUCUAUCACAUCUUCUAGGUUAUGAGGGUGAGGGCAGUUUGUGUGCCUACUUAAGGAAAAGGCUUUGGGCUUUAGAUGUGAAUGCUGGUCCUGAAAUUAAUUCCAUGUUUACUUUAUUUUAUUUGAACAUUACUUUAACCGAGUUGGGCCUUAAACAUUUGGAUGAGGUGCUCCAAGCCACUUUUAGCUUCAUACAACUGUUUAAUAAAGCCAGCAAUUUGAAAGAAUAUUACGAAGAACUUUCUUUUAUUAAAAACAACAAAUUUCGCUAUUCUAGGGAAUCAACUCCCGGUGAGAAUGUUACUUAUUUGGUAAAAUAUUGUAAAUAUUAUCCCUCAAAAGAUAUUUUAACCGGUUCCGUGCUAUACCAUCAAUUUGAUGAAGAACAAAUACAACUUAUAAUAGAUCACUUAAAUGAAUUCAAUUUUAACAUAAUAUUGACCUCAUAUCAAAACUAUGAGGGUGUGAUAUAUGAUAAAAAAGAAAAAUGGUUUGGUACUGAAUACACCUCUAGGGAAAUACCCCAAAAAUGGUUUGAUAUGUGGCAGAGUGCUGAGGAAAAUUCAGAACUUUAUUUGCCUAAAGCUAAUGUAUUUGUGGCCCAAGAUUUUCGUAUUUUCUGGCUGGAAAAUGGUAAACAGCAAUUGUCCGCCAUACCUGAGAAGCUAAUGCAAACAGAAUUAUAUGAAUUGUGGUUUAGACAAGAUGAUAAAUUUCUAUUACCUUAUGCCCAUAUCUGUUUUCAUAUGAUGUCAUCGGUGUUGAGGCAAAGCGCUAGAAACACUGUUAUAGGGUCAUUGUAUCUCGACUUGGUAGACCACUAUUUGCAGGAAGAAUUGUAUCCAGCCAAUGUGGCUGGAAUAACUUCUAGUAUAUAUUAUGAUGAAAAAGGUGUAGUUUUAUCAGUCGAAGGCUUUAAUGAGAAACUUCAUUUGGUGGUGGAAAUAAUGAUGAAAGCUUUAAUCUCCACUAAAGAUCGCUUAGAUGAAAAACAAUUGGAAAUAUUUAAAAAACAACUACAGAAGAACUUUUAUAAUAGUCUUUUAAAACCUGAAGUAGUUAAUAUAAACCUGCAUGGUUUUAUGUUAAAAGAAAACUUUUGGCUGUUGAAUGAAAAGUAUAAAUAUAUUAGUGAUAUCAGUUUAGAAGAUAUUCAAACAUUUGCUAAAGAAUUCACUCAAGAAAUAUAUGUGCAAGCUUUGAUACAAGGAAAUUUACAGCAGAAAACUGCUUUUAAGGUACUGGACACAGUGAUGGAGCAAUUAAAUUGUGGUAAGAUAAAAGAGAGAUCUUUAAUGGAUGAUAGAGGUAUAGAAAUACCCUUGGGUUCUCACCAUAUAUUGUGUCGCAAUCUAAAUCCCAAAGAUUGCAAUACUGUAGUAGCAAAUUACUAUCAAAUUGGACCACGUACUUUGUAUAAUGGAUGUAUUUUAGAUUUUCUUAUAAUGAUACUAGAGGCUCCUGUUUAUAAUGUCUUACGUACCCAGCAACAAUUGGGCUAUUUAGUCAGUUGUUUUACACAAAUCAAUCAUGGCAUUAUGGGUUUCUUUAUAUAUGUUUCAUCUCAAGAGACAAAACAUUCUUCUUCACAUGUUGAAGAACGUAUUGAAGCUUUUCGUCGGGAUAUACAUGAUCUCCUGGAGAAAUUAUCUUUAGAAGAUUUUGAAAAUUUUAAAAAUUCUUUCAUAAAACGGUUAGAAAUUAAGGAUGUUACAUUGAAUGAAGAGGUAUACCGUAAUUGGGAAGAGAUUACCACCGAGGAUUAUUGCUUUCUACGUAAAUCUAAAUGUAUAGACAUUUUGCGCACUUUGAAAAAGCAGGAUAUUAUAGAUUUUUGGCUUACAAAUGAGAAGAAAAACUUGCGUAAACUAUCGGUACAAGUAAUAGGUGUUAAUACAACACCAGAAGAAUGUAAAGGAAUAGAGGAAGACGAUGUUAAAAGAGAAAUAAAUUUGGAAUUUUUAGAGUUCGAUAAAGAUGGACCCUCAAUUGUUAAUGUCGAAGAAUUCAAAAACCAAUUAAAUGUUUAUCCUGUAACUAAAACAAAGGUAAUUUAAAAUGUAUAAUCAAAAACUUUUAAUAGAAUACAACGAAAAGAUUUUUAUAAAAAACCACAACAAAAACGUCUAAAAUAUUCUAACCCGCAUAACAAUAAAAAACAAUCAAUUUAUAAAGAAAAUAACUUUUUAAUGAUUUCAAUGUUAUUAAUCAUUCGUUUUCUGUUGUGCAUUUUGAUCUUUAUCUGUGUUUCUAAUUUUUUUUUUACUUAUUUACACAUUUUCUUAUAUUUUUUACUUAUUUACACAUUUUUUUAUAGUUUUUUUUUUAUCACUCUUAUCAUUAACUACUACUUACACUCCAAAAAUAAAACAAAAAUAACAUAAAAUCGAAAUACAAAUUAAUAGUUGUUAGACAUAAAGAUAAAAAAAAUAUAUAUUUUUUUAAGAAAUACCGGUGGCUUGUUAAAUAAUAUGUUCAAAUGUAUUUGCUAAAGAUAAAGAAAACUUUAAAAAUUUAUAUAUUUAAAACAACAAAUAAAAAACGGAAAGAAUCAAUAAUUAAUUUAAAUAAUAACACUUUUGAAAACUGCAUUUAUAUAUAUAAAUACACUUGACUGCUUUUGAAAAUAAAAUUUUUUUUAAACU